AUGGAUGUGUUGCUGAGUGUGCAGAAAGCCUGGAACAACAGCUCCGAGAAGUGUGCAACACUGCAUUCAUCUCAGGAUUUGUCUGCCCUGGAGCUGAAAGGUAAUUGGUCCAUCGCACCGGGUGUAUAUAAAGGGUCUGAAGGUCCCAAGUUGAGACCUGAAUCUGCUGGAGUCCUAAGUGCUACAUCAGAGGACCAGGAAGAGAAACAAGCCAGGAAAAUGGUGUCCUUGAAAGUUCUUGCUCUGCUCAUGGUCUCUCUGAGCCUUGUUCUGACAGAGGAGAAUGACUUCAGUGCCAACCCAAAGAGUCCCAGCACCAGAGCCAUACAGCGACGUUACUCCGAGGCCAUCCUGGCCAGCGAUUACAGCCGGACCAUGGAUAACAUGCUCAAGAAGAACUUUGUAGAGUGGCUGUUGGCCAGAAGAGAGAAGAAAAGCGAGAACGCCAUCGAUCCAUCCAAGAGGGAAGCUGAACCCCAAAUGUCAGUUGUCAGUGGCCCAGGCUUGGAGCUGGCCUCCCAAGGGGCUCAGGACUUCUUUGUCUGGCUUCUAAAAAACAAAAGAAAACAGAGUCUUACUGCUCCCAAAGAAUCUGAUCACUUGAAAGACGUUCUGAGCCCGGAGCUAUUGGCGUGGCUGAUGUCUGCUGAUCUCUGCAGACCAACGUGA